CGUCGCAACUCUCCCCCUCCCUCUCCACCCGGAGAGCAAUCCGUUCGCGUCGCCGUCCGCCUUUUCACAUCGGAGGAGCGUAUAUGUAUAAUCGCGCCGAGCACGGUGAGAGCGGUUAGCCACGAGCAACAUGGCGUGCGCUCGGUGGUAGGCGGACACCUCGCCCCGACGCGGAAACGUCACACGCAUGCUGCCCGUAGCUGUCAAACGCGCAGGGAAGCAGGAAGGAUGGAGCUGUUCCGCACUGACACGCAUUUCAUCUUCGUGAAGGAGAGGCACAGCCUCUGGUGCGACAAGUACACCGGCGAAUUCGCCGCGAAAUCAGACUGGGAAUGGGCCACGCCGAAGGAUCUGGAGUGCCUGGGGAUGUUUUACGGGAUAGUGGGCAAGAUCGAGCAGACGUCGGUGCUGGAACCCCGGCUGAUGCUCAUAAAGGACGUCACGCCGGCGGGGGAGUUGCACGGCGGCCACGUUGUUUACAAGAUCAAGUCGAUCGCGUUUCUGCACGUCGGCACGGAGAACACGGACAUCGGCCUGCUGCCCUGCAAGAAGCAUCAGUACGCGAUGAGGAAGAAGGGGACCGGCGGGCUGUUCGACGUGCCGCAGAAAGCGGCUCUGGCGAAGACCUGGGGUACAAUCAAGAACGCCACGAACACUAUAAAAAACACCACGCAGCACGCCGCCGCGCUGGCCACGUCUCAAAUGAAGUCCACAGUGAUAAAACGCAGCGUGGUGAAGGAUAAGGAGAGAUUCGAGAAGAGGAUACUGGAGGAGCUGAAUAAGAUAUUUACCGAGACCGAUUCGUUCUUCUUCUGUCAGACCGGUGAUAUUACUAACAGCUUGCAGCGACAGUGCGUAAUGGAAUCUCAGCACGGGCGAGGCAAUCAGGAGCACAAACCGUUGUGGCAGCGUGUGGACGACAGAUUCUUCUGGAACAAACACAUGUUAAAUGACAUUAUUAAUCUGAAUACAGAUAAAGCAAAUUGCUGGAUAUUACCGAUUAUUCAAGGAUACGUUCAGAUAGAAAAAUGUAUAGUCGAAGUGGGUUUUGAUGAGCAACCGCAACAAGAGAUAUUUAACUUGGCGAUUAUAUCGAGGAGGAGUAGAUUCCGUGCUGGAACUAGGUAUAAGAGGCGCGGAGUGGAUGACGAUGGCAAGUGUGCAAAUUACGUUGAGACUGAGCAACUAGUUUGGUAUCAUGAUCAUCAGGUAUCCUUUGUACAAGUGCGAGGAAGUGUGCCGGUAUACUGGUCUCAACCUGGAUACAAAUAUAAACCCCCGCCGCGGAUUGACAAGGAUGAGGCUGAGACGCAGAUAGCAUUUGAAAAGCAUUUUGACGAAGAGCUUACAUUGUACGGACCUAUUUGCAUUGUCAAUCUAGUCGAACAGGCUGGCAAAGAAAGGAUUAUUUGGGAGGCUUACAGCAACCACGUAUUCAAUUAUAAUAAUUCAGAUAUAACGUACGCCACGUUCGAUUUCCACGAAUAUUGUCGAGGAAUGCACUUUGAGAAUGUGUCUAUUCUGGUUAAUGCAUUGGCUACGAUGCUAGCAAACAUGGGUUACUGCUGGCGCGAUAAACAAGGUACGAUUUGCAUACAAAAAGGCGUGUUCCGCGUGAAUUGCAUAGAUUGCUUAGAUAGAACGAACGUGGUGCAAACCGCUCUGAGUAAAGCUGUUAUGGAAAUGCAAUUUUCAAAACUGGGACUAAUACCACCUGACGGAAUUCUGCCUGCGAACAUAAGACAGACUUUCCAGUCGCUUUGGGCUAAUAAUGGGGACAUUAUUAGCAAGCAGUACGCGGGAACGAACGCUUUGAAGGGUGAUUAUACACGUACUGGGGAGAGAAAAUUUACCGGGCUGAUGAAAGACGGCAUGAAUUCCGCAAACAGAUACUAUCAGCAACACUUUAUGGAUGACUUGCGUCAGGCGGCAAUAGAUACGCUGCUAGGGAACUCGAUUGAUGUUCACCAACUGAACAACGAUUGGUCACACUAUUUAGAUAUCCUUGAUAAUUGCUGCCUCGAACUUAUACCUAUGAAACCACCAAAUAUACAACUUCAACUUGCUACUCAUCCUGACUUCCUUUAUGCCACUGCUCUAUAUAAUUUAGCAAGAUAUUACUUGAAUCGUUUCAAGGAUGUCUACAGACAAGCGACGAUUGAUAUGAUGCUGGGAAAUUCAGUAAGCGAAGAGGUAUUCCUGGAACGCACGGACGAGGAAGAUAACGCCGCGACUGCGAUUCACGUGAAAUUGCUGAUUGAAGAUUGCAAGAAAUUACUGAUACCCGACCCGGAAAUUAUUCUAGGCAGCUGGGGAGUUAUCGAUGCCGAUCCUGUUACUGGCGACCCGACGGAGACGGAAAUGGAUACUAUUCUGAUAUUGACCCGAGACAGUUAUUACAUUGCCGACUAUGACGAUCAAAUCGAUAAAGUCACAAACUAUCAAAGAGUCCCGCUAGAUGAUAUCAUCUUAAUUGAAUUCGGCCAGCCUGAAAACACGGUCUCAUUUUUCAAGAAUAAACAUUACCACUGUAUUAGAAUCAGUUAUAAAGUGAACGGCGAGUACGGUUACUUUCACAUGUUUCGUAGUACGAAUUUAAGGUUUUUCAAUAAUAUGGCGGUUGUGAUUAAAACUGAAGAGGAAAGCAUAGAAUCUUUAAAGGCAAUUUGCGAAGCUAUUUCAGUAGCCAUGGAGAUAGCAAAAUUGCCAAAGAUUCCCGUAGCCAUGAACGUUACGUUAGAUAAGAGAAAGAGUAAAUUAGUGAAUGUUAAAGGCUCUACUGGAUUAUUGGACAUUUCAUCGUUUCCAGAACUGACAAGAAAUGUAUCUGAGACACAGUUGCUUGCUUUAAAGACAGCAGGUACAAAAGCUUUAAGCAAUAUGUCGGAGCAAUUCAGCAAAUUGAACAAACUGAGUUUCGGUGCAAAGAAGUCAAUUGAUGUAGCGAAGAGUAUAAAUAAGACGGAGAAGGUAUCGAAGCCGAUCUUUACCGUCGGCAACAGUAGUAUCUCGGGCAAUAUAGAAGAGAAGAGUAACAGCAGCAACAGCAGCAGCAGCAGCAGCGGCGGCAGCAGCGAGAAUAUCGAGAUGACGCACAUCCACGUGGAGAAGCCGGCGAACUUCAGCCACGACAAGCACCUGAUGGAAGCCUAUACACCGUUGAUCGGUAUUAUUAUGGGUGUGAAAAAUACCAACGUUGUGGACGGCAAUGUUUGCAGCGAGAGCAACGCGAACGAGGAAUCGCCCAAGACGAGACCCAACAACAUGAAUUUGAAUUCGAAGCCCGACAUGGCGAUCGACGCGUUGCAUCUGAUUCCGCAAACUAGCUCCGGCACUAGCACUCUCAGCGCUUCGCCGCUGAAGGCGACGACGCCGGAGAUAACGGUGUACGACGUGGGGGACAACAUGGGCGAGGAUAGAGAUCGAAUGAAUCAUCCGCUGUCCUUGACGCUCUCCAAGAAUAUCAGCCAUUCGACGGGGGAUGUUGACAACAAGAUGUCGACCGACAUUAAGAGCGCUACUCUUCAAACGGACGGUAGAUUGUUGGACGAGAAGAAGAGAUCAGCCUCCGAGAAGGACUUGACGUUGAGCAUCACGUCGUCCCAAAGUGAAUCUGCCUUAAAGUCCAUAAAGGAAAAUAUUACGAGCGUUACUAGUCCAGUAGCAUCCACAGCCAAAGAUAUUCUGUUGCCGUUCUCGAAAUUUGCAAAAGGUGUUCAAACGUUAGGGGCUAAUUUAGAUCCUAGAAAACUGAAGACAGGCCACGUAAUGUCGGAACAGAUGGAGGAGCGUCAGAAGCUUCAGGAAAAAUGGGCCUCUUGUCAAUCUAAACUCAUUGCUUUAUAAAAACUCUCUUUGCCCGAACGAUCAGCUUUCCGAACGCGAUCGAUCAUUGAAUAUCAAUUUAGAGCUUAUUGAUGAUUGUGUAUUCGUAAAUAUUUGACAAUAUUUACGAAUAUAACGUGAGGAAUUCAGUAUGUCGGCGACGCAAAUGCUCUCACGCACUCUUAAAAAAAAAAAAGGAAUAAAGUAUUAAAGCGUUGUAUUAUAGACAGUUUUAUUAUAUAUAUAGAUCGCAUAAUUUAAUAUGGAAAAAUAUCACGUAGAAAGUAGCGAAUUUUGAUCACAGUUUUGUAGAAAAUCUUAUAAAUCGAUCUCACUGCACCUAUUUUCACAUAUUUCCACACUUCACACAAAUAUAACGGUUUAUUGGUGUGAAACAAACGAAACAAUUCAAUGUAGGAAAGGAAACUAUUUCCAUGUUGUGACAAACAAAACGAUUUAACACAGAGUACAAUGUGGUCAAUAUUUAUUCGUAAUUGAUUUGACAAGUUAAUAAAUGAGCACAAAAGAGAA